AUGUCUCUCGUCAAUCUGUCCGCAGUCUGCUCCCACCUCAACAAUGCCACCAAGGCACGCCUCGCCCUCACCUCAAUCCCCAACAGCAACCUCCACCUGAAGCUCUCCCUCGCUCUCCAAAACUCCGGCUACAUCUCUUCCGUGGUCCGCGGAGGCCCGACUCCUCCUCCCGCCCAUCCUAUCCUCGGCUACCCUGCCGCCAACGAUGAGGUCGAAGGCAUUGAGUCCAUAACCCGCGACAAUGUCGCCUCCAGACGCCUGUGGCUCGGCCUGAAGUACUGGGAGAACGAGUCCGUUCUCGGCAAGGUCAAGAUGGUCAGCAAGCCCACCCGACGAGUGAGCAUUGACGUCGAGGCCCUCCGUCGCGUGGUCCGUGGUGAAGACACCGAAUUCGUGGGUGGAAUCCGAUCCCCGGGUGAGAGUCUCUAUCUCUCUACAGACCGCGGGAUCCUCGAAGCUCGCGAGUGUGUUGAGAAGAAGGUCGGUGGACUGGUCCUCUGCCGUGUGCUAUAA